GGCUUAACGUUUCCUUUUCUUCCCGCAGCUUUCUGCGUUUGGUCAAGUUGGUUAGCGAGGGCUGCAAAAGCCGCCCGUCCUCUCUUGCUUACGGGCGUGCCUGGGAGCUCGGCGCGAGUUCUGAAGCAGCAGAUCUCUGCCCUCGGAGCCUCGGCAUCCGCUGCCGACUUGUUGCGACGGGUGGGUAGGGAGGGACGGCGCUGCCGGAAGAGUUUCUCCCUUGGAGGCCUUGGAUCUGGUGGUUUGAUUUAAAAUUCCAAUUUCCAUGGCAGAGCAGCACUCCCCGGAAGAGAGGAACAGGCUGGGGCCACUGAUAACUGGGAUUUUGCGUGUCCUGUCUUCAAUUCCCCGCCGCCCUGGAUCCUUCACUGGGCUUUCCACUGAAAACUUUGCUGGCGAGUACGGUUUUGAGUUGGCACUCCAGGAGUUGCAGUUAAUCAGGCCCGAGACCUGCAGGUACUCACAGAUUCUUAACAAGCUGUUUUGUGAAAAAGGCAUGCCUUGCCCUGUCCUCAUGAAGGUGUCCGUCCCUCCACCUCACAACUCCAUCGUCCGUGCCACGGCUGUGUACAAGCUGUCUGAGUAUGCAGCUGAGGUGGUGAAAUGCUGCUCCCAAGAGAUACCACCACACAGAAAAAGCGAUGUGGCUCCCUCUGAGCCCCUGAUAAAGGUGGAAGGGAAUCAAAAUGCCCGAUACUUCUCUGACCGGGAAACAGAGCACCACAGCGUCACCGUCCCUUAUGAAAGGCCUGAGGAAGGGUCAGCAUACACCACCAUCUUGUACAAAUUCAUGUGCACAAAUGACUGUAUUUGGUGCAUGAAGCACCGUCCCGUUUUGACUGUCAUCACUCUGGAAUCUCAGGCGGGGCGUAUUCUUGGACGCUGCUGCUUUGACGUCUGGGUUUCUUUCUCACCCAAAUUAGACCGAAGAACAGAAGAUGAAAAAAUUUUGGAAGAGAAAAAUGUUGUCUGUGAAAACCAGGCAGAGCUGAUACGCUGCGUCUCUAAAGUUCCUGAAGUCUUGAAUGAAUUGGUUGGUGUUGUGUUGAACAGAACUCAGUGCGAAGAUAUUAUGUCUGAGCCCACCGAUGCGUUAAGGAUGCAGAAGUUGUUUGAGGAGGUGUUGGUAGGGAAUGAGCUACAUCAAGCCCAUUUGUACCGGGUGCUACUGAGGACAAACUGGGCCCUUAUUGACAAACUACUUGGAGGGCAUUUUGUGGAACGGCAUCAAAAACAACUGACUGAAAAUGUCUCUGGGAUGGACAUUAUAUUAUUUCGGCUAAAUGGUUCUGUUUUGAAUCAUGAUGAAUUUCACCUUAUUAUGACUGAAGAGACAGAUGUGGGCAAGAUGAAGAAGCUGCUUGAACUGAUGCCGGGAUGGGAUGGAAGACAGAAGGAUCUGCUUUACCAGGAGCUUAUUCAGACAAAUGGGCCUCUUAUCGCUGCUCUUGAGGCCCUAAAGGAUAAUGCACAUCCAGUAAAAGUCUACCGGCGCCUUUCUAGUGACAACUCUACAGACAGUCUUUUCCAACCUGACGAACCCAAGAUGGCUGCUUGUUCAUCCAAAGUUUUGCGGACAUUUGAGCCAGUGCGUGCAAGUGAAGCAGCUCGCUUUGCAGCCUCUUCUAAUCCUGAGGAACAUUUUGUUGAGAAGCACCAAGAAGAACUGAUUCGCCGUGUCGUAGGGGUGGAUGUUGUAGUAGAAUUUCUGGAGAUCCACAGUGUAAUAACAUUUCAUCAAAUGCAAGCCAUCAAAGGUACUGAUCAAGAGCAAAUGCAGAAACUGUAUGAAUUAAUGCCAGGCUGGAGAACAUCUGGAAAGGAUCGGCUGCAAGAAAUCUUAAAGAAAACAAACAGACGACUUAUUGGGCAGCUUGCAGGGGGCCAUUUUGUGGACAGACAUCAGGAGGAGCUGAUUGAACGAGUAACAAAGGUCCCCUUGAGCCUGCUUCGUGAAUUUGCACUGGAUGAGGAGGAGUAUGAGAUUCUCCUUAACUGCACCACAGUGAAGAUGCAGAUGUCAGCCCUGUUCCAGAUGAAGCAGGAAUGGGAUAGGCAGCAGAAGGACUGGCUGUACCGAGCGCUGGCAGAAACCAAUCCAGAUGUUAUUAAAGUCCUUGAAGAGGAACACUUUAUCGAAAAACAUCAGGAGGAAGUGAUUCAUCGAGCCUGCAGGGUCAACACUGUCUUGCAGUGGCUCCAUGAUCAGCAUUCCCUGAUAAGGGAGGAAUCAGACCAGAAGAAAAUGUUCCAGUUGUAUACCCUGGUGCCAAGAUGGAACAGGAAACAGAAGGACCAUCUUUACACCGUGUUGAAGAAAACAAAUGGACCCCUAAUUGCUGAACUUGAGGAGGGGCACUUUGUUGAGAGGCACAAGGAGUAUUUGAUGAAAAACAUCAUUGGAAUAAGAAAAGUUGCACACUUUUUAAUGGAACGCUGCACAAUCAGCCAUUAUUCGUAUGGUGACAUCUUGAGGAAGGAUACGAACAAAGAAAUAAUGGAGAUGCUCUAUGAAGUGGUGCCAAGCUGGAAAGUAGAACAGAAGAAUUAUUUCUACAGGAUAUUAUGGAACACCAAUGAAACCCUGAUUGAGGAACUUGAGAGUAGGAAAAGCAGAAAAGAUGGUCUGAUUCCCAACUGCCUUGCAGAGAAAUGCUGCUUGUGUGAAAAAGAGAAGGAUUUUCUAGAGGUCCAGCCCGAGUUUGUUCCCGAUGCUGAAGAGAAGCUGAAGACAUACAGAAUUCACCUCCCCAAGGCAGGCACCUUCCUGUGCUCAGUUACCGAACUCAAGUUUGAGGUGAAGGCGGCCGUGACUCUUGAAUAUGCAUUUCGUUCCUGGGAUCAGCACCUGAGCAAGGCCGUGAUGCAGACAUGGAUGGUGGCUGGUCCGUUGUUUGACAUCCGAGCAGAUGCUGAAGAGAAAGUGGCAGCUGUUCACCUCCCUCAUUUUUUGUGUCUCGGAGGGAGAAAAACAGAUGAGUCCCAGAUGAAAAUCGCCCAUUUUACUGAUGUGGGGAUGACCCUGGAGAAACCAGUGCAGGUGACCCCGUUUCAUGCUGUGUUGGAGAAUCCCAAAUUCUCUUUGCUGGGAGUGUUAAUCAAACCGAUCUACGAUAAGCUCUUCCGUGUGCAUGCCGUGGUGCUGCUUUAUCAGGCCUACAAGAGGAUCACGGCGCUUAACCUCUACUUGAUUCCCAAUGACUCUUCCUUGAUACAGGCAAUCAAAGAUGAAGAGGAGAAGUUCCACUCAGUGCUGGUGCGGAAACCCCCUCAAACAAAGAAGUCCCUGCAUUACGGCUCCUUCUAUACAGUAUUCAGUUCAGCAGACCUCCAGAUAAGCCCACAGGAACUGGAGUUUACUUACAAAAACCCUAGACAGCUGCAGUCCUUUGUGGAAGUCCGUAUCAGAAACACAGAGAGAGUCCAUCUCAGUAUGAAAAAGAAGAAAAAAGAUUUCUCUGUCUGGGAUACUUUGCUAGAACCAGAGGACUUGUUGGUUACCACAGCCCCCACUGAAUUAAAGCACAGUGAAGCGGCAAUUCGGGUGGAAUGGUGCUUCUCUCUCCUGGAAACUGGAGGAGAAGGGCCUCAGGAGGAGCCACACUUCAUUGACAAACACCGGGCCGAGCUGAUCCAGAGGACGUCCACAGUGGAGGGGGUUCUGGAUCUGCUGCACGGGACCAUCCUAGAUGAUGAGCAGUACGAAAGAAUCGCUUCACGGGAGACAAACCAAGAUAAAAUGCGGGAGCUGUACAAGCUGGUGCCGAGCUGGGACCGUUCUUGCAAGGACCGGCUGUAUGAGGCCUUGAAGGCCAAGAACAAGUUCCUUGUUCAAGAUCUUGAAGGGAGAUGAGGCCGCCAAGAAGAAAGAGCAACACCGUCCCAAGGCACAGGGAAAUCAAAUCACAUGGGAAGCUCAGGGAGCCAGAGGCAGACUAGCAUCCCAAAGAGCUGAUGAAAGGUCAAGCCUAUUUCAGUUUGAGUAGUGGCGGCCUACUGGAGGCACUAAAGGGCUGGGAGGCAGCGAGAAGCACCUCCGCAGCCACAAUAGAUGGGAUGGCAUGGUCGGGCAUUUAAUAUCCAGCAGAAUUCUUCAAGAGGUUUAUCAUGCACUGCUGGAAAUUUCUUUCCUCUGCAGGGCUCCCUGGAGUCCAGCUUUGAAUACCUGAAGACCAACACAUCAGAUUUUUCUUAAGCCUUUAUGGGGGGGUGGGGUGAUGGUCUGACGUGAAACUAUAUAAAAAACCACCUGACAACUGC